CUUUUAGUUCACAUUUCGGUCAGGAAAGAGUCUAAAAUAAAAACCAAAAAAAAAAACUUAUAAAUUUAGAUAUUUUCUAAAUUUCAAAUUAUUUUCUGCGGAGAAAAGCCAAAGCAUUUUUGAGUCAUGGAAUACGGUAACGGAAACGGUCAAUAUCAAUCGAUGGAAGGUUAUGGCAUGUCUGCUCCCGAUGGACAAUGCCCGGAGAUAGGUCAGGAUUACGAUCAGUCUCGCUGCUAUGGCGGUGGCUCGCAGUACGACGACUCUAGGGGCUAUCAAAGCAGUUGCGCAUCCUUUGGUGGUCCUGGCUAUCGCAGUCCACUGCGCUACAACAAAGUGAUGCGCGAGAUGAACUCUCGCAAUGGUCUUUACGCACCAUCGGAUCGCAAUGGCCCUGGCAGAGGCAAUGGCGAUUAUUACAACUCGCUGCCCGGAAUUGGAGGAUAUGAAAGUCAAGCCUAUCAGCCUCGUAAUUCUGGCAAUAAUCCCUACUAUUAGACGUCGUCGUCUUCGUCUGCUUGUAUUCCUUGGCCUAAAAGAUUUUAUUUUACAAUUCGACAUGUUCACACAAUAUAAAAUUUGCAAUUAAAAUUAUUUUCUAGAAAUAUUCAA